AUGAUUUGUCAAUAUUCCACUAAUACACUAAGAAAAUUCUAUACUAGUAUACUAAUUUCAUUACCAAAAGAUAUAAUAAGGCAACUCUUCUCUGAGUGCCCCUCGGCAUACAUUAACAGUUCCCUUUUCCUUCUAGGGUGCGGAUCGGCACCCCCUUCCUCUCCACACGUGCUGUUCGACACAAUGCUUCCUGCCGAUCGUCACUUUCUUUUUCCUGCCUGUGCCGCACGGCACAGGCUUCUUCCCGUGGCUUCUGAAAUUUUUUAUUUUUCUUCUCCAAAAUUUUCCUUAGAUUCAUCAGUUUACCAAUUCAACAGCACAAGACAGUACCACAACAACAUAAAAAAAUUAUAUAAACAUGGAAUAAUUUCUCACAAGAAAACCCCAUUUGACAGAGACAACAACAUAUGA